AUGUUAACAAUUAUAUUACAUGCUGAUGGAUCCCCACUUGUCCGUAGCUCACGUCAAAGCCUGUGGCCAUUAUUUGCAAGUUUGAUCGAGAUUCCUCCACCAGCUCGUUAUUACCAACGUAAUAUUUUGACAUUAUCAUUAUGGUCGAGUAGAAAAAAACCGGAUAUUGAUAAAUUUCUUCACGGUACUAUUGCACAACUGGAAACUCUAAUGCAAUAUGGUACAAUGAUUUUAUUGGAUGGACAACAGCAUCGAUUUAUAGUUCGGAUACAAGGUUUCAUUGCUGAUCUUCCAGCUAAAUCACUUUUCUUGAAGACCAUAAACUUUAAUGGAAAGUUUGCUUGUACGUGGUGCUUGUCUUCUGGUGAAUAUGAUUCAAAUUGUCACAUGACGAUGUAUCCAUAUGAGAAGAACCAAAAUACACUUCGGACACAUGAUGAGUUUGUUCGUACCGGUCAAUCAGCAACUUCCGAAGGUGAUCGAGCUGGCCAUGAGGUUGUCAUUGAUGGAGUUCGAGGUAUGUCACCAUUGCUAUCUAUCAUUAAGUAUCCAAUUGGUGUUCUUUAUGAUUAUAUGCACCUUGUGUGCAUUAAUCAUAUUUCAACAUUAGUUAAACACUGGCUAGUUUUCAUGAAAGCAGCUGAUGUUUUGUUAAUUGAUGAUAAGUUGGCAAGACAGAAAAUCCCUCACAAUUUCAAUGUUCGAUUUGACUUUUCUAUUAAUGAAAUUAAUAAAUGGAAGGCUAAACACGGCCGUCUUUUCACUUUGUAUAUUGGUCUCCCGAUUUUGAUUAAUGUAUUGUCUGCACCGCAUCUGCUUCAUUUUGCUGCUUAUGUAUUAGCAAUUAAACUUCUACAUGUACCCGAAAAUGAUAGGGAGAUUGAUCUAGCAGAACAAUUAUUGCAUUUUUAUUGCCAGUCAUCAUCGCUUAUUUAUGGUCCAUCUAUAGAAUUAUAUAGUCUUCACAGUCAUCUUCAUUUACCCGAACAAGUACGCCAUCAUGGUGGAUUAUCAUUUACAUCGGCCUUUGCAUUUGAAUCUUGUAUUAGGUAUGUGAAAAAAAAGGCGCAUGGCAGUCGCCACCUUGCUUCACAAAUUGGAUACUGGACGGAUAUGACUGCAAUCAUUAAAAUACCUGAAUUAAACGUUCAACAAGCACGCGGUGUUGAUGAAAUAUUGCUCGAAAACGAAUUACUCGAGGAAUUUCGACCAAUCUUAAGUACACUUCUCGGAUCUUGCACGGUUAAAUUUUACAAGCGAUUCAAGAUUCCCUUCAUUACGUUUCAUUCAACAUUAUAUGAUAAACCAUUUAAAUGUGUUAGUCAUGUUAUUUCUUAUAGACAUAAAUAUAGUGAUACUAUUCUUUUUGCUGAUUGUAUUGUUUUUCUUGAAUUUAAUAAGAAUUAUUUUGCUUUUAUUAGAAAAUAUCAAGAAGAAGCACAAGCAAAUCGUUUAUCGUCUGUAAUGAAGCUGUCGAAGAAUGAUACUUGUAAAAUUAGUGAACCUCUUGAUCGUUUAUUUUCAAUGCAACUCAAAUCGAACUCAUUUGGAAUAAUAUCUAUGUCGCGUGUCAGAUAUAAAUUUGAUGCUCUCAAUGAUUUACUGGAUAAACAUGUACUUGAUACUUCAGCGGUUGAUAACAUCGAAAGUGUAGAUGAAGCUGAUGCAUCUGAUGAAUUAUUAUUGUCGUCACAACCAACACCAUUAACACCAGGAACAAAGAGGGCAUUUAAAGGAAGUUCGUCUACAAUAUCAUUAUUAGCCAAACGAUCCAAAAACAACAAUAAGACAAAAAAUUAUAUUAAUAAAGAAAAAAAUGAUGAUAAUGAUGAUGACGAAGAUGAUUAUAACUAUUCGUGUUUUCAGAAGAAUGUUACGAAUAAACUGGAUCGUAUUGAAGUUGAUGGAAAAUACUUCAGACAAAUGUUUGAACAACUUAAAUCUUAUCAUGAACAACACGAGCAAACUCAAUUACUUAUUCUUGAAAAUCAAAAAAAGAUUAAGAAAGCUCUUUUGAAGCAUAAAGUAAUUCUUAGUGGUUCUAAUGACUUUCACUAUCUUAUUUCGUUUCAGAUCUACGUAGAUGUUGAAGAUUCAACAUUAUCAGUAACUAAUUCUGAAUCAAUCAAUAGUGAGGAUACUUUUGCUUCGGAAUUGGUAAGAUCACGCCUGUAA